AUGACAAACAGUUCUAUCUUCUGCCCAGUUCACAGAGAUCUGGAGCCAUUCACAUAUUUUUUUUAUUUAGUUUUCCUUGUUGGAAUUAUUGGAAGUGGUUUUGCAACCUGGGCUUUCGUACAGAACAAAAAUCACAGGUGUGUAAGCAUAUACUUAAUUAACCUGCUUACGGCUGAUUUCCUGCUGACUCUGGCAUUACCAGUGAAAAUCAUUGUUGACAUGGGUGUGGCACCCUGGAAGUUGAAGAUUUUCCACUGCCAAGUGACAGCCUGCCUCAUCUACAUUAAUAUGUACUUGUCAAUUAUUUUCUUAGCAUUUGUCAGCAUUGAUCACUGUCUUCAGUUGACAUACAGCUCCAAGAUUUAUCGGAUCCAAGAACCUGGAUUUGCCAAAAUGAUAUCGACCGUGGUGUGGCUAAUGGUCCUUCUUAUAACAGUGCCCAACAUGAUGAUUCCCAUCAGAGACAUUGAGGAGAAGCCAAAUGUGGGAUGCAUGGAAUUCAAAAGGGAGUUUGGCAGAAAUUGGCAUUUACUGACAAAUUUCGUAUGUGUAGCAAUAUUUUUAAAUUUCUCAGCCAUCAUUUUAAUAUCUAACUGCCUUGUAAUUCGACAACUCUACAGAAACAAAGACAACGAAAAUUAUCAGUAUGUGAAAAAAGCCCUCAUCAACAUUCUUUUAGUGACUACCGGCUACAUCAUAUGUUUUGUUCCGUAUCACAUUGUCCGAAUCCCAUACACCCUGAGCCAGACAACGGUGAUAUCUGAUUGCCCAACCAGGAUUUCACUCUUUAAAGCCAAAGAGGCCACACUGCUCCUUGCUGUGUCGAACCUGUGUUUUGAUCCUAUCCUGUACUAUCAUCUCUCAAAAGCAUUCCGCUUUACAGUCACCAAGACCUUUGCUUCAUCUAAGGAGACCAAGGCUCCAAAAGAAAAAUCAAAUGGUGAAAACAACGCAUAAAAUGUGGGAUUUUUCAUGUUAUCACUUCCUGCCUCGUUGGACAACAGUGACAUGAAAUAGACCCUACAGCAUUUUCAAGCAAGUUGUUAAACUGCACUGACUCCUGAAACUACUGUUUUGGAACUAGAAACUCACAUCAAAGGUAUGGAAAAACACCACCAGUCAAAUGGACUUAAAACAGACAUGUCAGAUACACACAGCAUGUGUUGUAGGGAACACAACACAUGCUGGGCUGACUGGCACCAUGUCUGAGUCUGACCCCACAUGGGGCCUCCACUUUAAAGAAGGGGUGACUCCAGCUCUCAGGGUCACAACCCUCAGAUCUAAUUCUCUCUACGGCCAGUAAUGCAGAAAGGACUCAACGGAUGAUAUAAAAUAUAAGACUUAUUUAGGAAAAAGAAAAUUGAAAAGUUUAGAUAACCAUACCUGAGACUUCGGGGGUGGGGGGGGUUUCAUUUCAAUAGCAAGUCUGUUUUGCAGCAAGUGGUAAUACAUUUGCAUUAGCUGCAGUGAUUAAGAAAUGGUGUUCCUGGCAGCCUCUUGAGCUCGCCCACGUUCAUGUUUCACAAGUGUACUUUUCACUUUAAUAAAUUUUCCCGUUUGUGUAAAAAAAUAAAAAAUAAGAAAGAAAG